GUUCUCCGCUCGCGCAGGCGCAUUCACUGCGGCUGUCGUCCUUAGUGGAAGCUAUGGAAGGUCGGGAUUGCGACGAGGUCUGACGAGGAUGCUGCUGCUGCGCCACCGCGCAAGCGUUGCGAAAAUUCUUCCACCCCUGCGCGCGUAUUUAUGUCGUUGACUGAGCGCUUCUGCAAUCGACACACCUAGGCAAACCGAUUAAAGUGUUGAACUUGUACCCAAAUACACAAAAGAAAAAGGAAAGUCGUUCCCUCUACUGUGACUUUGGCAGGACGCUAUUGACCCGUGCGAGUUGCUGCACUUUCUUCGCACGUCUAUUUUGGAUCGUAAAACAGCUGUGCGCUGCCGCCCUAGCGGAGUUGUCCCAGUACCGCAGCACAGGAAGGUGUCAGCGUCCGUGGCCAGCAUCCUCGCCGUGUUAUUUGUUGCUAGGUUGCUGGUGCGUUCACGUACGGGGAAGUUGCGGGGAAGUCUACGUAGAUGGGGCUUUCGACGCGCGCCGCGCCACAUCGGUGACCGCGGCAGCGGUACCGGCCCUUUCAUCCGCGGUGUGCGCAAUGCCUGUCCGUGUGUUGUGAGAAGGGUUAACGGCGGAUAGCCUUUCCGCCGAGCUCCUUGAUGCUAGACUCGACAGUGCUGCGCAAUCGCUUCUACAAGAAGCUUAACAUCCCCGGCAUGGAGGGACGCGGCCCGCCGGCUGUGGCUGCUCAGGAGAAUGCCAGCGAGCGGCCCACCACCCUCGUUGGACCCCUGGCCCGCAACUUUUGCGUCAAGUACCUUGGCUCCAUGUGUUUAGAUCGGCGUUACACUAUGCCGAUGUUGCCUUGGAUCGUGGCAGAUCUACGGCGCGAAGGUCUGCGCAAACCCUUGGACGUGCUUCUUGAAGUACGCGACUCGUCUCUCAAGGCGCGGUCCUACCAUGACGAGCAACUCGUGUUCGACCAUCCGCUUCAGUCUAUAUCCAAGUUCUCCCAUUCGAGCGCUGAUCGCACCUGCUUCACGUACCUGCAGAGAAACGCUCCCGACGAGCUGCCCUACUGUCACGUCUUCCAGGCUAGCGACAAGGACACGGUGGUCGAGCUGUUCAUGACGGUUCGAGAGGUGAGCAAGGAACUGUCGCUGCACCACAGUGCUGGUGCCCCACUUGCAAGAGUGGGCAGCUGCACUGACCUAGGAGGCGCCAGCGGAGUGCACCAGUUUGAGGUGCUGUACGUGGGCAAGAUCAAGGGCUCGUCCAAGCAGAGCAUGCACAACUUUCUAGAUGAUGCUGUUGAGAGAGCACGGGCACGCCAAGCUGUAGAGGCCAACCUUCAACCGGCCACCAGUGAAGGUCCCAUGAUUGUGUCAAGCGCCACAAGUGCAGAGAGUGUGAGCAGCUCACUGGAGAACAUCAGCGAGGGCAACCCAUUGGAUGCUCGGGAAGCGCUGCUUGAGGACCUACGCUGCUGUGGUGGCGGCAACAGUGGCAGCUCUGGAGAAGGAGCAUCACUGCUUGCACCACCGCCGCACACGCUAAUCACGCACACACACAGCCUGGAUGUCCAGUCUCGCCAGGCACUCUGUCAAGAGCUGCAGAAUGCUGCAGGAUGUGGGACCCGAGGCUCAUCAGCCCGAGUUCGCUCGGCAAGUGGCGACCAGCCACGACCUACGAAGCAGACGUCGUUGCCAACAUUUCGUCCGCGUGUGAGCAGUGGGGGUGCCGUGGAUCUCCGUCGGCUUCUGCAGUCUGAGCGGCGCAGCAAUCGCACCAUGUUGCUGCUGGUGCUGCAGCGGGAGCUGCGAUUGCUCAGCACCGAUCGCAAGCAGACCCUAGUGAGUCGACCUUUCACCGACAUCUCACGCUGCUACCAGGGCAACAAAUACUCUGACCACUUCGGCUUCAACUGCCGUGAUUCCUCGCUGUCUUCGGCUGACAAGUAUAUUGCUUACAUCUUCAAGUGCUCCUCUGUCCAAGUGGCGAACGAGAUAAUGCAGACGCUGAAGCAAGCCUUUCGCAGUGCGCACCAGAACCAUGCACAAAAGGAAAGUGGCUCCACAGUGCAGUCAUUGUGCGAUUCCUGUCCCAUGCAUCGAUUCCACAAACUUUGCCUCGAGCUGGAAGGGUUAUCCCCAGAGAGCUGCUGUACCUUCAUCCAGAAGUAUAUCCAAGGCUUGUCUGACUCGGAUAAACAGAUAAUUGCCGGCAGAUACCAGCUGGGUGACUGCAGGACGGUGCAGGACAAGAAUGAGCUUUACAUGAUGCUGCUGCGGAACCUGUAUGAGCAGAAGCAGACCAAGCAUUGCCAUGCACAGAAAUCUGAGGGACUCCUAGACCUGAAGACGCCAUCAUUUGUGUUCGACAGUUUCAAGGAAAAGGCGAAGAAGUCCAUCACAAACUCAUUUGACACCAUUUUGAAGAGAAAAGGCAGAGAAGGGCGUGGACGAUCAGCCACGCUUCCGUCUGAGGAAGCAUUUAAACUUACUCUGAGUGAUGCGUCACCUACGGGUUCCCGAGAAGGCAGCUGUGACCCCACCACUCCAGUACGGCGCUCAUCACCACAGCUGCUGCGGCCACGCAGCUCUACUGUCAGCACUCCAGAGACGCCCAAGCGCAGUCCACUGGUGAACAUAUUCAUGAAGGUGGGAGCUGUGCGGCGCCAUUCUUCAAGUGAUGAGGAGCCAACCGAGGCAGCCACUGAGGAAACCGCAUGCAGGCAGUUUAUCUUCCAGCGUGUCAAUACCCCCGUACGAGGCGGCAACCAUAGCGGAGAUAAUCCAGGGGAGCCGCCGUUGACCCAUGGUUUUGCUGUGCGCCGAACACGGGAGGAGCUUCGCUCUCUGUGGCGCAAGGCCAUUCAAGAGCAGGUGCUCCUUAUCCGCAUGGAGAAGGAGAAUAGGCAGCUGCAAGCGAGCCAGGAUGAAGCAAGCAGCAAGCGCUUACGACUCGACUAUGAGGAGGUAGGAGGUGGUCCCUGUGAUUCUGAGUCAGCCGAACGCUGGGAUGAGCUCCUGGCACGGCCCCCAGGGGGCCGCAUUAACCCAGACACCUUGCAAGAACUGGUCCAAGCAGGUGUGCCGAGGCAUCGACGUGGUGAGAUCUGGCUCCUUUUGGCUGAACAGUACCAGCUCCGAUCGUCGCCUGUUACUGAGAUCGACUCCUCGACGACUUACGAGCAGCUACUGAACCAGCUGACAACUCACCAGCAUGCCAUCCUCAUUGACCUUGGGCGGACAUUCCCCAGCCACCCAUUCUACCGUGACAGCCUAGGAGCCGGCCAGCUAUCACUGUAUAACCUGCUCAAAGCAUACUCGCUGCUUGACCCACAAGUGGGCUACUGCCAAGGACUCAGCUUCGUUUCGGGUGUGCUUCUGCUCCAUAUGACUGAGGAGCAAGCCUUUGGCAUGAUGAAGCAUCUUCUAUUCCACUUGGGGCUGCGGCGACAAUACAAGCAAGAUAUGGGUGCAUUACAGGUGCAGCUGUACCAGUUGUGCCGACUGCUGUACAGUCGUCAACGAGAGCUGUACCAGCACCUGGACCACUUUGACAUUGCUCCGGCUCUCUAUGCUGCGCCCUGGUUCCUCACGCUGUUUGCCUCUCAGUUUCCUCUGGGAUUCGUCUCUAGGCUCUUCGAUGCUGUGUUUCUGCAGGGUAUGGAGGCCGUGUUCAAAGCAGCCUUGUCUCUUCUGUCACACUUUGCGGAUACACUAAUGAGCUGCAAUAGCUUUGAGUCCAUCAUGGAGUGCUUCAAGAACACCCUGCCAGCACUGGAUGCACCCACCAUGGAGAGCAUAGUCUCAGGCAUCUUCUCCUUGGACCUGGGCGAGGAGCUGGUGUCCUACCAGGUUGAGUACCACCUCUUGCAAGAGGAGAUGGUCUACACACCCAAGAGGCCUGGCGUCUCAUCAGCUGACCUCGAAGAAAACCGUGCUCUGCGACGCCAGAAUAUGGAGCUUCUGGAACAGCUUCAGGUGGCAAACAACAAUGUGAGCCGCCUCGAGGCCUCAGUGAGCUCUUAUCAAGGUACGGUGCAACACUUGGAGAAACGCAUCCGCCAGCUGGAAGACGAGCGGGAUGUACUGCUGCACAGCAAUGCAGCGCUGCGCCACCGGCUAGAUCGACUAGAGUCUGCAGAUGAGCGCAAUGCGCGGUCGCUCAGCUUCGGAGCUUCAGGGGAAACGCACGAUGACAUCGCGCAGCUCGUGCGCCGGCUUGGUGACCAGGGCCCAUUGCCGGAAGACGAAGAGUGGUGCCCGCCUCGCGCCGAUGGCUGUGACGGCCUCUGAGUGGCAGCGGCUAUGCUGAGACCACCAGUGCUUUGGACUGCAUGUGAAGAGGUUAAGCCAUUGAUGAGUGACCUAUGUAUGUAGAUUGUUGCUUUAUGAUCUAAAUUGUGACAGAGGAUAUGCUAUCCAGAAAGGCAAGCUUUCACCAUAUUUCUCUGUGCAAAAGACUACUCUCACAGUUUCUUUGUUUGGUGUUAGCUUUAGCCGUUACAGUGAUGCAUGGGAGGUUACAAAGCAUCAUUAUAGAGUGAUAGUUCGGACAACUCGGGAAGUAGCUUGUACAAAGUUCUUGCUACCAGGCUAAGAACAUUAAGAAAGCGCAUGCCCACACUUUCUUUCCUUCAUUUCUAGCUCAUCUAUGUUGAUUUGUGUACUAUGAGUCAUGACUACAAGUGGAAGAUUUUUUAGCGACUGGCACGCGCAAUGGGCCCCUAUACGAUCUCACUCGUAAGCAUAAAGCAAGCGUGUUAAACAGAAGGGUGCAAGAGGGAUGUGCUGUUUGUUUGAGUAUCUUGGUUGUGUUUUAGGUCACAGUAAUGUUGACUCCUAAUAGGCAGACAUAAAGUCAUGUGCUUCGAUUAUGAUUGGAAAUAUAUUUUCAGAUUAUGUUUGUCAAACUUUAUAUUUUUAUGUGGUGAAAUCGUUAAAAAAAAUUGUUAUUGAAGUGAAAGUGCAACGAAAAAGAUGUCAGCUGCUACCUUACAGUCCUCACCUUCCUCUCCUUUUUCUGCUAAGCUCGUAUGAGUUAUGAACAAUAAUAAGUGAGUCUAAAUCAGUGUUGAAGUAAUGUAUCACAAGAUUUCUCUUUGUGGCUCCCAUUAAUAAGACUGCACGUUGAGCCACAUCAGGCCUAAAUUUAGUGAGCUUUCUUUUUAUUUAGAAAAAAAAGGAAAGCAUUUUGUGCUAAAUGGGUAGUUAGUGCAGCCAGCAUGCAACAGAAAGGGACAGUAAUGUCAUUUUCGAGUGGCAUGGGCAAUACGGGAGCUGGUCUCACUGUGAUAGGAGUGCCUCAAAGUACAGAAGUUCACAGUACAUCAGUUUACAAAUCAACCUCAUGCAACACAUGCUGUGCCAUUGUACCCUAUAAAAUGCAGAAUGGCUGUACAUUGAUGCGGGCUGGGUUUAAGAGAAGUUAUCUGUAAAGUUUGGCGGCCAUGUCUCUGAUGGAUCAGCUGCUGAAUACAGCGCAACUGCUGUCAGCACAGGCUCUUAGAAAGAAGAGCUUCAGUGACUGAAAUGAUGUAGAGGCAACUAAUGUAAGAUGACUAGAUGAUGUUACUUUAGGUCUCGAUUUAUGAACAACUGCAUGCCCCAAGUUCAAUUAGCGCAGAGGCUUCAAGACAACAGUUCCGCUGGAGCAAAGAUUCCUCUGUGAAGUUGAGACGGCUUCUAUAGUUAGGGCUUAUAAUUUAUCAGCUUGAGUGGGAAUUCCAGUAAAAGCUCAUGUUAAUUGUAUUUUUAAUGAGAUUUAGAAUCGGUGUUUAAAAAAAAGGGAAAAAAACGGGGUGUAGCUGCUGGAGAUUGAGCGUAAUUUUGCUCUGUAUUUGUUGUUCUUCAGGAAGCAAAGCAGUGACGUGGUUAAGGGCACUGGCAGAAGCUUGUUGUCACUGCUAUAUGACAGCCACUGUCAGGAAGUCCCCUAGUCAGAGCUGCAAGAGGGCGCUGUGGUUUGUGUGAUGCACAUACAGGUUACUGCUUAUUUCAGUCUUUCUCAGUUCUAUUAUAAGAGUAAUGGCUUGUGCGGGCACUAAUUAACGGCACCCGAUUGCAUUUGUGCUGUGUAUGUUUGCAUGGGCAGCUCUUUUAAUGUUUUAGAGCCAGCAGGAAACGGCAGCUAGCAUUGUGUUGUCUGACAGACGAUAUAUCCCGCGGUCUUGUACAUGUCCCACAAUAUAUCCCUUUGGGUUUGUUUUGCCACAUUUUGGCAUGCCCUCUGGUGCUAGUCACUAUUAGGAAAGGGGGCUUAUCACAUUUGUCUUCCUACCCUGGUACCAAACUUGCACUCUCAUAGUCAUAUGUUAGAGGUAUAGCAGUUGUGUCAUAAAGAAUAUGGACAGGCACAUAAUCUUGAAUGAAAAGAAGAAGAAAAAACAUCUUAUAUCAAAAUCAUUGCACAUUGCGCACCUCUGCAACACCUUUUUUAUAAACUGACUUUUUUACUAAUUAUCUUCUGCUCGGCAAUCUGUUCAGAGUUGUGACUUUGGAAGCAGGUACUGUGUGUACCUAUUAUAGCAGGUUCUUGUAAAGUAAAGCCUCAGUUUCAGACAAGCUUGCAGACCUGUUAACGUUCUGCAUUAGUUAAAGGCAAGUACCAACUAACGAGACUAUUUCUGUUUUCUAUGGGCAGUCUUGCGGAGUGGGAAAUCAGAGUAAUAAGCCAAGGGAAGGGCCAUUUCUACUCUCUUUCUACUCAUUUCUACUCUCUACUCUCUCCGUUGAGUUUUAGCUCUGGAAGAAAGCAAUGUAACACUGAAUUCAAAUAGAUAUGUGCUAACACAAAGUGGGGGCUAAGGCCUGUUAUAUUUGUUUAUUGCUUUUCAUUUACAGCAGAAAUCUACACAGCAAGUUAGCAGCUGUCAUUGAAAACUUUGAAUGUUCUCGUUUAUGUUUGUCAAAUUGACUUGUGAACUGUAGUUUUUUUUAUUGCUGUUUUGUUGCAAGUUAAGCUCUUUGUUUUUGAAGAAAAACAUAUGCCAUCUAUGUAUACAUACGACAACUUGGAGAGGCACAGCAAUAGUAUAGUAAUCUGAGUGGCUUAUGUGGACUUCACCUCAGAGCAUCUCAUAUAUGGAUGCUUAUCAACAAGGUAGCCAGUUUGCUAAAAAAAAAAAGAACGGCAUGUCUCCUAUUUGUAUCAUACAGAAGAAUCAUUACUUGCAGCCGAUAUGAUUGGCUGCUACUGUUAUAUAUGUAUUACUGUAGUGCACGUUCCUCGUCCAGUCCUGCUACAUACUUUCGAAGUGCUGCAAGCUGGCAUACAGGUAGCUAGUAGUGAUAAAGCUUUUUAUGCAAAGUGUGUGCUUACUUGCUUCAAAGGCUUCUUUAAAUUCUGUGAACUAGUGCCACACUUCACGCUAAGGGCAGUUCUUCAUUUGGGACUUCGCACGCAAGGCCUGACUUAGAGUAGGGUGUGCACUGUGCCGUCUGGCAUUUGCAGCCUGCUCGGAGUGGUGCCUUAGUUUUGCCAACGGUUGUGUUGCAAAAUCCAAGGCCAAUGCCGGGCAGUUCCCUUCACUUUACAUGCAGCAGUGGUAUAGCUGGGCUUUACAGCAGACCGGGGGCGUAAUCUCGAUUCUUGUAUUGUGGUGCUUUUGAGGCUGUUAUGUGUUGUCUUUGUUGUUGCUGUUGAUACAGGCUAUCAGUUGCUGGUUACAAAAAUCAAGUUCGUCAUUGUAUUAAAAAAAAAAACACAAAACAAGAAA